AGCUAACUGGUUUGUCGUUCCAAACACCUUGGAAUAACAAACAGAGAACUCUUCUGCACACACAGAAGAGAUAAGACUCUGCAAACAUGAGUUUCAGAGAAGGAGGAGGAGCGAAUGGAAUUGGUGGGUCAAGGAAAGUGGCCGCCAUGGAAAUGGAGCUCGAGGAAGCUGCGCCGGUCUUGGAUUCAGGGGAGAAGCGGCUCAACGAACUUGGAUACAAGCAGGAGCUCAGAAGGGAAAUGACGUUCUUGAAGAUACUCGGGAUAACGUUUUCGAGCAUGGCGGUGUUCGUAGGGACGCCGCUGUAUGGGCCGAGCCUGAGAUACGCUGGGCCGGCGAGCCUGAUAUGGGGCUGGCCCGUCGUCGUCUUCUUCACUUGGUUCGUCGGCGUCGCCAUGUCUGAAAUCUGCUCUUCUUUCCCUACCACGGGGUCACUCUACUUCUGGGCCGCUCACUUGGCUGGGCCGAGAUGGGGCCCAUUCGCAUCCUGGUGCUGCGCCUGGCUCGAGACCAUCGGCCUUGUUUCUGGAGUAGGUGCUCAGGCAUAUUCAGCAUCUCAAUCGCUACAAAUGAUCAUUCUGCUGGCUACGGGGACCAACACCGGAGGAGGCUACUACGCGUCGAGAGGGGUAUUUUUGUCAAUGUACAUCGGGUUCACUCUCAUUUGGGCAACCCUCAACACCUUUGCACUUGAAGUCAUUGCUUUCUUUGGCAUCAUCUCCAUGUGGUGGCAGGUAAUUGGAGGUUUGGUCGUGAUAAUAAUGCUGCCACUAGUCGCACAACAAACCCAGCCGGCUUCAUUCGUCUUCACCCACUUCCAAACAUCCCCUGAAUCCACGGGCAUCUCGAGCAAGCCUUACGCCAUCAUAAUGUCCGUCUUGCUGAGCAACUACUGCCUCUACGGCUACGACUCGGCGGCCCAUUUAACCGAGGAGACCAAAGGGGCCGACAGGACUGGGCCUUUCGCCAUUCUGUCCAGCAUCGGCAUCAUCUCCGUCUUCGGCUGGGCCUACAACCUGGCCCUCACUUUCAGCAUCAAGGAUUUCGACUACCUCUACGACGAGAACAACGAGACCGGCGGCGCUCUCGUCCCGGCGCAGAUCAUCUACGACGCGUUCUACGGGAGGUACCAUAACUCCGCCGGAGCCGUGGUUUUCCUCUGCAUUAUUUGGGGGUCCUUCUUCUUCUGCGGGCUCGCCGUCACAACUAAGCCGUGCAAAAAUUUUCAGAUAUAUGCACUCUCAAGAGACAACGGCAUCCCAUUCUCACCGAUAUGGAGAAAGCUCCACCCGAAGUCCAAAGUCCCGGUGAACGCGGUGUGGCUGUGUGCAGCCAUCAGCAUCAUCUUAGGGCUCCCGAUCUUGAAGAUGGACGUCGUCUUCACCGCCAUACUUUCGAUAAGCACGGUUGGAUGGGUGGGAGGGUAUGCAGUGCCCAUAUUCGCCAGGCUGGUGAUGGAAGAGCGAAACUUCAAGCCGGGACCGUUCUACUUGGGCAGAGCCAGGAGGCCGAUAUGCUUGGUGGCUUUCCUGUGGAUCGGCUACACUUGUUCGGCCUUCCUGUUGCCGACGAGCUACCCUAUAAGAUUGAAGACCUUCAACUACGCGCCGGUUGCGCUUGCGGUGUGCAUGGGACUGGUGAUGCUGUGGUGGGUUCUGGAUGCUAGGAAAUGGUUCAAGGGCCCUGUUAGAAAUAUCGAGGUGGACAGUUCAAGUCAGCAUUGUUGACAAUAUGGAGUAACUGAGAAAAUGUACUUGUAUCAGAAAUUCAGCAACCAAGGUUCCCAAUUCUCUAUAACCAGUUACUUUUUUUGCCACCACCAAAUGAACUUCUGAAACGUCUUUUCCAAGUAGUCUGGCCCAACGAUGUUAUAACCUGCUGAUUCGAACAUAAACUUUGCGUGUCCAAGAAUCAUCCCAAUGUAAAGCAAAGGAAGUCCUAAAUCACCUGCAAUUACACCUUUCUGAAUGCAA